GCUCCCGGGUCCCGGUGCUGCUGCCUUUGGGUGUGUGGGACAGCAGCCUGCUGCCGGAACGGCGGCAGCUUCGUGGGUGCGAUGGUCAGGGCCUUCCCUUUGGGGUGUUCCCCAAGGACACAGGUUGAGCCCUGUGGACACGUGCGUUCUUGUGUAUUUUUGUAUGUCUUCACGUUUACAAAGGCAGUUUCCCUUAUGGACUGUACAUAUAAGAGCAUUAUGUAAGGUUUCUGUGAGUGCUAUACAGCUGGCAGGUGAGUGUGGCCCUGGCACCGGGAUGGACAGGAUGGAAGGGGACAGUAAAACUUUCACUGGGAUGAGCUCCCGGGCAGGAGGAGUCCAUGGCAGGAGGAGUCCAUGGCAGGAGGAGUCCAUGGCAGGAGGAGUCCAUGGCAGGAGAAAUCCAUGGCAGGAGGAAUCCAUGGCAGGAGGAAUAAUCCAUGGCAGGAGGAGUCCAUGGCAGGAGGAGUCCAUGGCAGGAGGAAUCCAUGGCAGGAGGAGUCCAUGGCAGGAGGAAUAAUCCAUGGCAGGAGGAGUCCAUGGCAGGAGGAAUCCAUGGCAGGAGGAGUCCAUGGCAGGAGGAAUAAUCCAUCGCAGGAGGAGUCCAUGGCAGGAGGAGUCCAUGGCAGGGACACAUUUUGCAUCUUGCUCAGGCUCUGCAGUGACACCACCUAUCACCCUCAGCCUAAGCAUUAAGGCCUUCAAAAUUAACUGUGACAGGUUUUCUCCCAAAAGUUGUAAAUCUGUUUUCAUCACAGCUUCAUUCUAAUUUCGUGCUGAACACUGUGUCUUCAGAAUAAAACAAGCAGCUCUAAGCAGUGGGACAUCAUCGAACCUGCUGACUGGCAGCACCACCCAAUGUAUUUGGUGGUGCUGAACGUGCUGCUCUGGGUGUGUCUGGUCCUUCUUUCCUUACAUCCUUGGAGAGUUGUGGUCAGAACACAGCAGGACCUGGAAAAGCAGAGAAAACGUCCAUGCUAGAAAAUUGUCACCUCCAGUUCAUCAUUCAGCAACAUCUGGCACUUCAAAGACUCGAGCAGCUCCUUGUGCCUUGAAUUGUCAUACAAAACAUCUCCAGCACUCUUCCUCUGCUUUCUGAGUCAAGGAUCUGUUACCAUGGGUUUCUCCUGGAUCUGUGCAGAGCCUGCUCUAGCCUAGGAACAGGCCGAGCCAAGCCGGUCAAGAUGACAAACGAACCUAUCAAAGAGAUCCUGGGCAGCCCAAAGCACCCUGAUCCUGCAGGCACAGAGAAGAGCAGCAGCAAUGACUGUGUGAUAACCACCGUCCCGCUGGUCAGCGAGUGCCAGCUGACGGCGGCCACGGGGGGAGCGGAGCUCUCCUGCUACCGCUGCACCGUGCCCUUCGGCGUGGUCAUCCUCAUCGCCGGCGUCGUGGUCACUGCCGUGGCCUACAGCUUCAACUCCCAUGGCUCCAUCAUCUCCGUCUUUGGGCUGGUCCUCCUGUCCUCAGGACUCGUCCUGCUGGCCUCCAGCGCCGUGUGCUGGAAGAUCAGGCAGCAGAGCAAGAAGGCAAAGAGGCGGGAGAGCCAGACAGCGCUCGUGGCAAACCAGAGAACCUUGUUUGGCUAAAGGCAGCCAGGAGAAGGCUGGCCAGAAGGCAGAACCUUUGUAAGUCCACUUGGCUAUUUAUUGGAGACAUUGCAGAUUUUAAUUUAACUGUGGAAACGAACUGAAAUGAAAAUGGAAUGGGUUAAGAAAUACUUUUAACAACUCUGCAAGUGCUCUCAAUGUAUUUCUUACUGCAGACUUGGUAGUGAUUCUUUCCAAGACAGAGGAAAACUCAUUUUUCCUUCACAGAAAACUGUGUCACAUAACUGCAGCCAUCCUAACUGUGUUCUCCAACAUGCUGAUUGUGUUGGAAACAGAACUUUUGGGAACUGAGAAAAUAAUUUGAACUGUCUUGAAAUGCAAGAGGUCUCCUUAAAACACUGACAUUUGACCAAGGGAGAAGUCAUAGCGUUUGAAGUGACUACAAGCUUAUGGCCAGAGUACCUGAGACUUAAACUGUAGCUAAAAAAAACCAAAAAAAAACCAACAAAAAAAAGCAAUAUGAACACAUUGCAAAUUGCUCAAUAAGCUGAUUCUUAUAUUUUAUGUAACUUCCCCUUCCCAAUACCUGUGGUACUGUCCCCCUUUUUUAAACCAACUAAUAUUGAUUUUGUUUCUCUAUUGAAUAGAAAUCAGUAGAAAUGUGUAAUUAUGUUGUUUAACCUAAAUAACGAGGUAUGAUCAUAACUAAAAACAUGAGACUUUUUGUAAAUUAAAGUGGUCAGGUUUAGCACUUUUGACUAUUUUGCUAUAAAACUAAAAAAUAAAUUUCAUUAAAAUAAUAUCCAGUGCUGCUAGACCUUUAGAAAAUAUUUCUUUAUUGCAAUCAAGAUAGCUUGUAUCUUUGACUCUGACUGCAUUAUAUUUCUAUUUUUGUGGAACAACCCCUGUGACGAUAACUGUGAUCACAUGUACUGCUGAUCUCUUACCCAAACCUCUGCAGCCUGUGGACUUUGGUUUGAUAGUCCAACCCUCUGCAGCUUGAUUAACAGCUCUGUUAUUGAAAAAUCAUAGCAGACAGUUCUGCAGACACUCACUGUCACAGUCAGGUUGAGACAUAACUAUUAAUAAUAACUUGUGGAAGCAAAGCUAUGUGUAGUGUUUGCUGACUGAGCUUUGGGAUUACAAAUCUGCAUGAAAAGCAGGUGCCAGGUGUCUCCUGCUUGUGGCUGAGGUGUUGAUUCUGAUGCUCUUGUGUUGUAGAGGUCUUCCAGCUCUUCUCAGUUAAUGGAUUAUUGAGGGGCUUGUCCCAAAUUGAAGCAAACCAGAACAUGAUUUCUCCUUCUUGAAGGGCAAGUGGUGCUGAGCUGAGUCACAGGUUUCCACCCCGGUGUGUAGAAGGCAGAGAGGCUGCAUGAAGUUUUUUCUUCUCUUUUAUUUUCCCCCUUAUUUCUCCAGACUCAAAAGGGCUGGGUGUGAUUUUUGCUUUCCACCACCAAGGUGAGACAGGCCUGUGUCUUCUCUUUGCCCUCAGAGCCUCUGGACAGUUUUGGUGCUGCUGCUGCAGAGCCCACCUGCCAAAGAGGAGCUGCAGGGGCUUCCUUCUGCAGCUCAUCCUGGAUCCCUACCCUUCUCCUGCUGAAACCACCCAGGAAUUCUGGCUUGCCACCAUUUCCUCUGCCCUCCAUGCUUUAAGCUUGUUACAUCCAUAACUUAUCCCUGGAUUUGCAAGCUGCACCUCGUGUUUUAAAUAGAGUGAGCUAUAUGUGCAGGAGGGGAUGUUUGGGGUCAGUAUUUGCGUUGCCACACUCCGUGGUUACCAGACGCUAUAAUAAAAUCACUUGCAUCAGAGGAAAGCUGACAACACAUUUUAGCACUUCCAGAGCCCUCACUUAAUCACGGCAGGAAGCUUUCCUGCUGCUAGGAGAACAUGUUGCGUCACCACAACAUCUGACACCGGUGUCUAGUGUCAAUCACUUUGCUUAAGGUCAUUAAAAAUAUUAGGGUGUCCCCUUACGAUGUACAGGUCUUGCAUGAGUGACAAUUCAUGGGAAAUGCAUAGCAUGAUAAAUAAUGGAACAGGUGGACUAAAGUGGUGUCUUUCCUGUUUAAAAUGAGAAAAGUGAUUGACAUCAGCAAAGCUGGAUAAGCUAAAUAGAGCUGUUCAUCUUUUUGCCUCCCUGGGAGCACAAUAGUUUUUCUGACUCUUUCUUCACCCUCCCCAUUUCAUUCUUCAUCAGUGGAAUUUUGGGGGCUGCUGAGGAGAGAGCUGCAGGGGCUGUAGUGAUGCAGUGAUUUCCACUACUUGUGGCAGUUUGGCUCCAUGAUUCCCAGGCUGAGCCCAGAGCAGGAUCUGCUACUGCCCUCUCCAGAGGUCUUUCCCACAUGUGGGUCCUCCUUUGGCCAUCACUGUGAUACAGCUGAGCUUGCUGUGGAAGGUACAAGCUGAGGCUCAGCUCAAAAUCAAAAAAGAAAAGCCAAAUCCAGUGGAAUGGAGACAAUGUGGGUUUUGGAGCAACUUUUCUUCAGGAAGGUGCAUAGGCAAGGACACAGCAGAAUUCCUGGACCACCCUCUGCCUUGCUAAGUGGGGGCACCUGGGCAUUACCCAGCCUGUGAGCAGUGACAGACACACUGCAGUGACCCUGGAUGUGAUCCCCUGGCAGAGCAAAGCUUCAGGCACAGCGUGGUCUCCCCCAGCACCACCAGAAUGGCUCUGGCUGAGAGGGGCUGCUGAGCUCCUGAGUUGGAACAAUACACCCUUUUCAGCCCUUAAAGCCCAACCAAAAUUUCUGCUUCAAAUUUUGAACCCCAUGACCUAAUCUGGAUUGAUUUGGAGUUUCAUGCCUGAGUGCUGGGUGCUGCAGUGCACCAAGCCUUUGAUAGAAAAGCAUCUGGAGCUCCAGGGUUGCUGUUUGGUGUUUCCCAUGGGAAUCUGAGAAGCAGAAGGAUGCAGCCCUGUGGAGAUCAAAGUGACCUUCCCUUCUGGUGUGAAAAGGCUUUGAAUGCCACAAAUGGUGUUUCAGUUCUGGGAGAGGCUGGGUGGGAGCUGAUGCAAAUUUUAUUGUCACAAUUGCUUGUCUAUCCCUUCCUGAAAGCCCUGGGAGCACUGCACAAGCCAAACUGUCCUCACAAGGAUAGAAAAUUAUCUAAUGGAGGAAUUGCGCUGGUGCUCUGGGCAAAUGUUACAGUGAUCUUAAAUAAUAAUUUCAAAACCUAAGCCCAGGAAAUUGUGUCUGUAACUACACCCUGUAUUGCUAUUGUACACAAGGACAGUUAUAGCCUGGGACUGUAUUCUAAAAUAAUAAUCAGAUUGGUAUGACAAUGCUUAGAUUUUGUUCAAGUCAAAACGCCCAAUUUACAAUUCCCCAGUCACUUCACGUGCUGUGGUUUGUACGUGGCUCUGGCUCUAAUACCAUAAUAAAAAAUUAAAAAAAAAAAAA